GCAGCGGAGGAGGAAGAGGAGAAAGAGGAGGAUGCGGGGGGCUGCGGGCGGCGGCGCGGUCCUGUCUGCAGUGAAGCCCGCGGCACCCAGGGCACAGGGAGUGGCCGUCGCCUCCUGCGCGCACCAUUCCUGAGAUGGCGGCGGCGAUGGCGCGGCAGCGGCUCGGGGAACCGAGAAAGGGCCGGCGGGGCGCGGGCUGAAUCCGGCCAGCCUGGGAGCCCGCCCGGCGUCCACGCGGCUGCGGAGCGCGGGCCGGGCGGCUUGCGGGAGCGGCGGGGCCCCGGGGCGGAGCGCACGGCCCGGGGAGGCCGCGAUGGCGAACGUCAGCGAGCCGGGCGGCGGCGGCGGCGGCGGCGGCGGCGAGGCGGCCGCCCUGGGCCUCAAACUGGCCACGCUCAGCCUGCUGCUGUGCGUGAGCCUGGCGGGCAACGUGCUGUUCGCGCUGCUGAUCGUGCGGGAGCGCAGCCUGCACCGCGCCCCGUACUACCUGCUGCUUGACCUGUGCCUGGCCGACGGGCUGCGCGCGCUCGCCUGCCUCCCGGCCGUCAUGCUGGCCGCGCGGAGGGCCGCGGCCGCCGCGGGGGCGCCGCCGGGCGCGCUCGGCUGCAAGCUGCUCGCCUUCCUGGCCGCGCUCUUCUGCUUCCACGCCGCCUUCCUGCUGCUCGGCGUGGGCGUCACCCGCUACCUGGCCAUAGCUCACCACCGCUUCUACGCCGAGCGCCUGGCCGGCUGGCCGUGCGCCGCCAUGCUGGUGUGCGCCGCCUGGGCUCUGGCGCUGGCCGCGGCCUUCCCGCCCGUGCUGGACGGCGGCGGCGGCGACGACGAGGAUGCGCCCUGCGCCCUGGAGCAGCGGCCCGACGGCGCCCCGGGCGCGCUAGGCUUCCUGCUGCUGCUGGCCGUGGUGGUCGGCGCCACGCACCUCGUCUACCUCCGCUUGCUCUUCUUCAUCCACGACCGCCGCAAGAUGCGGCCCGCGCGCCUCGUGCCCGCCGUCAGCCACGACUGGACCUUCCACGGCCCCGGCGCCACCGGCCAGGCGGCCGCCAACUGGACGGCGGGCUUCGGCCGCGGGCCCACGCCGCCCGCGCUAGUGGGCAUCCGGCCGGCGGGGCCGGGCCGCGGCGCGCGCCGCCUCCUCGUGCUGGAAGAGUUCAAGACGGAGAAAAGGCUGUGCAAGAUGUUCUAUGCCGUCACGCUGCUCUUCCUGCUUCUCUGGGGGCCCUACGUCGUGGCCAGUUACCUGCGGGUCUUGGUGCGGCCCGGCGCCGUCUCCCAGGCCUACCUGACGGCCUCCGUGUGGCUGACCUUCGCUCAGGCCGGCAUCAAUCCCGUGGUGUGCUUCCUCUUCAACAGGGAGCUGAGGGACUGCUUCAGGGCCCAGUUUCCCUGCUGCCAGAGCCCUCGGACCACCCAGGCCACCCACCCCUGCGACUUGAAAGGCAUCGGUCUAUGAGGGACUCCCUCGCCUCCCCCCGCCCCUAGCCCCACACCCAGCCUUUCCCUUGGCUUGGACAGCGAGUCGUUUCUUUCCCUUCUGUCCCCUGUUAAGUUUUCUAAGCUGCCUUCAAAAUGACUCUCCACGUGGACGAACACUCGGAUGUAGAGACUCCUUUGGGGCUAGGGUGGAGGGAGGAGUAGGGGUGCAGCCAGCUCCUGCUCCGCACAUUGGUCCUCCUACAUACACUUUUUUCCUGACAAUAGGCCCUGCUGUCUUUUUGUAUUGGUACUAACGUCUUUUAUUCCAUGUGUGAUUACUUUUUUCUUUUUCUAUAAAGGUUAAACUAAUUUUCUUCAUGCAGCGUUUCCUAAAGACCAUGGCCAGUUUUCUACAGAAGCUAUUUUUGACAACCUCAAGUGGCAUUACAUUUUGCAGUGAAGUAGAGGAACCUAGGGGACUUCACAUGUUAGAUUCUUGAGGGUCUUCUGUUGGAAGCAGGGGAAAGAAGGGUGGGGACAGGAGUUGUCUUCAAUUCCCUCUGGAUUGCAAGCUGCAAGGUCAGCUGUGCCGCGCUGGUUCUUUGGAAGUGUGUUGAGAACUUCUUUCAGUGUUGACAUUGAACUUUAAAGAGCAGAAAUGGAAGUCAGUAGUAAGGCAGUCACUUUUUAAGCAGUAACACGUACGGUUUGGUUCCUAGUUUAUAUUACUAAAAAAUACACAGUGACAGCUGCUCUCUGUAUUAUAUGAAUCUUGAAUGGAAACAUUUCUGUAAAGUUGUAAUCUUUAAAAGAGUAAAAAGUGUUUUGGUUAGUAAUGGUGUGGAGAAAUUACAGUAUUGCAUGUGUUUGUAUGUACUGAUUGUGGUUCGAGGACUGGGAGGUCUCUGAGAAGCAGAGAACUCGAUCAAAAUUGUUUAGGUACUUUUUGCCAAUUAAAACAAUUUUAUGGAAACGGCUUGUGCUUUGAGAAGCUCAAUUUUAUUCUGUCUUACGAACCUUUAUUUCCACUUUGAAAAUUGUUCCGUCGUUUUGGGUAUUAAUGAAUGGAAUACAAUUAUACCCUACUUCUAGGAGACAAAGCAUUUCCUUAAAAUGUUUGCUAAGAUAAACUGUGCUGUUCUACUGAUGGUUGUUUUAAAUUAAUGAGAACUCUAAAUAAUAUUUCUUUGUUAGACAUUGUAAUCCUAAACUGAAAGACUAAAUUCUGCAAGUACUAUAUAAUAUUUUUUGCUUAUAAUGCUACAUUUUUAUCAAUGUACCUUCCGUUUUGAGGAUUUAUAUCUGUAUUUCUCUUUGCAUUACACAAAUAUACCCGUAUUUUCAUUCUGGA